AUGACUUCUACAGAGGCAUUCGUAUGCUGCGGCAAGACGUUCACUCAAAAAGGCAACCACAAGAGACACAUCAAGACCGUUCAUUCAGCACGCAUUGGAAUGCCCUGUGGUGGCCGGCUCAAGCCUAGGGCAGACAAUGUUAAGCGUCAUAAGACCCAGUGCAAGACAUGCAAAUGCCUUCGAAGAGGCCAUCCCGCAAGCCAGAACGACUUGGAAACCGAAUCGAAAACCACUUGGAUGGAAGACAACACUUCUCCAGGAUCCAGUGAUCCGAUUUACAAGGAGUCAACUAGAGUCGAAGGAUUUGACUCACGGCAAAUGGACACAGGUCCUCGAACGGCAGACUACAUUCAGACAGUGCGGAACUUCGUCCCAGCUACCUUGGGCUCGGCCAUUCCUGUUGAUAAUGGAACAUUGAUUGGCUUAAUCGGAAGCAUCAUCGAAUCUCAGAUGCCGUCAACAUUAUUAGAUACAACCCUCUCGAACGCCAUGGGACGACACAUGAGUGUUGGCAAUGGCAGCGUUGCAGAGCCUUCAGACACUUACACAUACUAUGACCCGUACACUUCUGACAACUCAUUUCAUUUCGAAGACGGAAACGGACAGUAA